UUUCUUUCCCAACGUCAACAUGGCUGAUCAGAACGAGCGUGCGUUCCAGAAACAAAUCGGUGUCAACCUGAACCGUAAACAGGUUAACAAGAGAAAAGGACUUCGGCUGCACCGUAGCAUCGGUCUUGGUUUCAAGACCCCGAAAGAGGCGAUCGCCGGAACGUACAUCGACAAGAAAUGCCCCUUCACCGGACACAUCUCCAUCCGAGGUCGUAUCCUGACCGGGGUGGUGCGUAAAAUGAAGAUGCAGCGGACCAUUGUGAUUCGUCGUGAUUAUCUACAUUUCAUCCGUAAAUAUGACCGGUUCGAGAAGCGUCACAGGAAUUUGAGCGUGCAUCUUUCGCCGUGCUUUAGGGACGUUGAGGCCGGUGAUAUCGUCACCGUUGGUGAGUGUCGGCCACUUUCCAAGACCGUACGUUUCAACGUACUGAAGGUAAGCAAAUUGGCUGGUGCCAAGAAGAAGUUUACUAAGUUCUAAGUUCUGUGUUUAAACUGGAUGAUAAGAUGAAAUGAAGAAAAUUUAAAAUAAACUAAAAUCCGGAAA